AGCCAGCAUUAUUAGAAACCACAACUUCCGGGUUGCGGGAGGAAGUGACAAUUUUCCGUGUUCUCCAAACAACAAAGCUUACUCAUCCCGUCUCUGUCGGGCCGGUUUCCGCGAACCGCCACCUUUACUGCAGCUCCAUGUCCAUAUGAAGACGUUAUUGGCUUGCAGGAAGAGCCCGAAAUGCGGUGUUUGCGCAAGCGAGUAGCCCUGAGUCACACGGUUUGCGGGUUGCAAUGAUUGUCUGAUGUUCGCCACACGUUUGAAUGGACAGGGCGAGAUGUUCGGCCCACAGGGCACCAGGACCAGGGUUGUUGUUUCUUUGUCUUGGGACUAAGCUCCGAGCUAAAUAAGGACAUGUCGUCGGACAUGGGACCAGAGGCGAAAGUGUCCAGCCCUCCCGAGAAGGAAAGGGCCAGCCGACACGCCAGUCUCGACCAUCUUAAGAAGCAGCGCAUCGCCGAGAAGGCCGCGUACUUCGCCGAGAGGAAGCGCGCUAGCACCUGCGCCGACUUUCGCACCCGGACGGAAUCCGGCGCCAUUCAGAACAGCUGCGUAGCGGAGGCGCAAUCGUCAGACUCCGAAGACGAGUGCAUCUCCCCCUGUACCAGUAGCAGUGAUGAUGAGAUAUCUGACGACUGCGACAGUUACUCACCCACAGCCAAACAGAAAGUAAAGAAUCGCCGCUCCCGUUCGGAACCCUGGCUACUGGAAGCUGAUCUGAAAGGAAGCCGGGGAUUCUACAACAUGGUGCGCAACAUGGGCGAGAAACCAAAAGUCUUUCACAAGGUCCCUCCCAAGCCCCAGCUCCUGUCAUAUCGUCGGCUGGACGAUAGCGUGGUGCGACCUCAGCGACCCCACAGCAAGUCUCUUCCUGGUACCCAUGAUGCUCUGCUGCAGAGGUCGCCCAACCACAAGGCUCCUCCCCCUGCCGUCCCUCCCAAGCCGACCAGGAAGAAAACUCCGCCAAAAGUUCCGGAGAAGCCGCGCGCGCUCAGCCGCUCGUUCAACGGGAGCUCUAAGAUCGCCACAGCCGUCCAAAAUGGCCGCUCUGCCUCGGUGUCUCCGAAAGUGACCCGUUCUGCCGCGCAAAACGGCGGGAGUAUUUGUCGAGAACUGAGGACGGACAAGACAAGACUCACAGCGGAACCCGUGCUUCUUCGCUCACCACAAAAGGCGCAGCGGAACGGCAACAACAGCAUGGAACCCGGAACAUUCACAAGAGACGGACUAUGGGAGAGGAAAGUGACCUCGGUGGUUGUCAACAAAGACGGGACCCUCUCCAACGGGAAUAUACUGGGCGCACAGCCUUAUGCAGGGAGGGAUAGGACUUCUAGUACUACAGGGGACCCGGCAGACACAUGGCCUAAAGCGUCAGCCUGUAAUUCUAAAUCCUCUAAAGGACGGGUGACAGAACUGGCCAGGAUGUUUGACAAUGCUGGACAGACAAACACCCUCCCCAGAUCAGAGCACUCUGGCACAGAGAACAGCCUUGUCUGCCCGAUGACCAAAGAGCGUAAGCGCAGCAGCUCAGACAGCGGUUACCCGCGACUCAGCGAGGCAGACUCCACCAGAAGCACCAGUGUGGCCAGCACCAGCAGCUUCCUCAGCAGUGGGGAGGAUUCGGAGGAAGAGGACAGCGGAGAUGGGGACUCCACCCCGGAAGAGGAAGAGGAGUUGAAGGAGGAAGAGACGAGUGAAACCUCUCAGUCAGAGCAGGAAGUGAUAGAGAGAGAGAAUGAGAAAGAGAAUGAGGUUGAGGAGAAAGAGAAAGUGAUUGCAGAGACACAGGAAGAACAGGAAGUCUCAGCCAAACCCGCGGAGGAAGAAAAAAUAACCGAGUAUAUUCAGCGUCGUCAGCCUUCACAGAAAAAGUGGCGAACGCGACGCACUACGAUUAGACGACGUGUCACGAAGAGGCUUGUUGCACCCCAGCAAGAAGAGGAACCUCCAAGGUCACCCAUCCACAAGGUCGCGUAUGAAAUGUUGACCUCUGAGAGGUCGUAUGUCGCGAAACUUCACCUGCUGGACCAGGUGUUCUGUAAGCAGCUUGAGGAGGCGAACAUCCCCGCCAACGUGGUGAGCGGGAUCUUCUCCCACGUGAAGCCCAUUUACCAGUUCCACCAUGACUUCCUGCUGCCACAGCUGGAGGACAGGAUGAAGGAAUGGGCUGAAGACAGGAACAAGAAGAUGGGAGACCUGAUGAAGAACUUUGCCCCCUUCCUGAAGCUGUACUCCCCGUACAUCAAGAACUUUGACGUGUCCAUGGGUCUGGUCAACUCAUGGAUGGGCAAACCCAAGUUUGCAGCUGUGGUGGAGGACAUUCAGAUGACAGAAGAGUGUGGGAACCUAACCCUGCAGCAUCACAUGCUGGAGCCGGUACAGAGGGUUCCUCGCUACGAACUGCUGCUCAGGGACUACUUAAAGAAACUGCCACAGGACUCUGAAGACAGACCAGACACAGAAAAGGCCCUUGAGCUAAUAUCCGACUCUGCGAGACAUUCCAACGAGGCGAUGAAGAAAAUCGAAAAGUUCCACAAGCUUCUGGAGCUGCAUGAGCAGCUGAAUGGUGAGGUUGAUGUGGUGAGCCCCACGCGUGAGUUCCUGCUGGAGGGGAAGAUCACCAAGAUCGCGGCUCGGAGCGGGGAACAUCAGGACAGAUAUCUCUUUCUGUUUAACGACAUGCUGCUGUGCUGCUCGCCCAGCCUGGUGGGGAACAGGUUCAGGGUCAGAACCAGGAUGGACGUGGACGGCAUGACGGUGAGUAAAGGAAACAACCCAGAGGAGGACACAUUUGUGGUCCAGGCUAGACAACGGGCUCUGGAGCUGUACGCAAGUACACAAGAAGAAAGAGAUGCAUGGCACAAGGCCAUCCAGGAUGUUAUAGAUGGAUACCAGCUGAUUAAAGGCCAGAUCAAGAGAGAAGAGGACCAGAAAUUACCAGAGGAGGUCAGUGCAAGUGAGUUGGGGAAGCGAGCGCCACAGUGGAUCAAGGAUAACGAGGUGACGAUGUGCAUGAGGUGUUCCCAGGCCUUCAACGCGCUCAAGAGGAGGAGGCACCACUGCAGGGCCUGCGGAUGGGUUGUGUGCAGCAGAUGUUCUAACUACAAAGAGAAGCUGGAGUAUAGCGGGAAGACAGACAGAGUCUGUAAACACUGUUUCUUCAUCCUGAAGAGGGUUAGGCCGCCAAGUGUGGAGGAAGAGAGUGAGAAAUCUAAAGGGGUUCUAGAGCUCCACGCAGCGGAGGCAGGCGGUGAGAUGUCCGGGUACCUGCACAUGUUGGACCGGGACAGGCUCCACGCAGCGGAGGCAGGCGGUGAGAUGUCCGGGUACCUGCACAUGUUGGACAGGGACAGGAGACGAUGGAACAGACACUGGUUUGCCCUGUCAGCUGACGGGAUGGUUCUGUAUGUGUACAAGGCACAUCAGGAUGUGAAGGCAGAGUUCACCAUCCCGUUGCCGGGUUACUCCAUAUUUGAGCCUGACCCACUGGAGACGACCGACAGAGAACAUGUUUUUACUCUCAGCCAGGCCAAGCAGGUCUACAUGCUAGCAGCCGACGAUGCAGAGAAGAAAAACAGAUGGAUAGAGGUGCUGGACAGGUGUACCAAGGUGUGAAGAAGUUACCUGUGUAAGGUCAGGAGGAGUCUUGCCAAGCUUUCGGAGGGAAGAAGAGCCAGCUUGCCAAGAACGAGCCGUAUGUGCAAUGUCGGGAAUGAAGACAGGAGGUCCAGUUUGAAAUGCUGGGAAAUUGCAGGCAAUAUUCCUUUGAUUUUGAUUUUGAUUUU